ACAUUGGCAAAUUAAUAUGAUAUUUGAAUUAAGACGUCAUCUGCCUAUAGGAUAUAUUAAUUAAUCAGCUAAUGAUCAGUGCCUUCAACUGCUCCAAAACUUAUUAAAAACCUCAACAAAAAUUAGUGAAAUUAAUGGUAAAGCAGUUUAUAGUGUUUGACGUUUGAUGAAGCACAUGCGAAAGAAAAAAAUUUUGAAUGUUUUGCUUUCCUUCAAUGUAAUAUAUUCGGAAAAGAAAAUAAAAUACUUACAGCCAGGAUGAAUAGAAAAUUGUUUGAGGGAUCAGAUGAAAGUGAUGAAGAGGAUCUCCAAAUAAGCACCAAUAAGGAGUAUGCAAAGUCUUACAAUAGUUUCCGUAAAAAGGAGUUAUUAAAGAAAUUCAAGGAUCGUGGAUAUGAUGUUAACGAUUCCGAAUCAACAAGUGAUAGUGAGCCUUCGUCAGAAGAUGAUGAAAAAGUCGACAUAAAAUUCGAUAAAGAAUUCCUCAAAACUCUGUCGUCAUUAAAAAAUAAGGAUCCAACAAUAUAUGAUAAAAGCACACAAUUUUUUCGAUCAUUAAAUGAAGAUAACAGUGACGCUGAAGAUGAGAAAAAUGUGACAAAAAAUGAAAAACAUAAACCAGUAACAUUAAAGGACUAUGAACGUCAAGUUAUUUUAGACAAUGGCGGAAUAUUUGAAGAUGAUUCUGAAGAAGAUAUCUCAAAACGGACAGCCUCACCAACGUUCGCCGAAGAGGAGCGGAAACUGAAAGAAGAAUUUAAGAAUGUAGUAAAUAAAAACGAUUCAGACGACGACGAAGGUAAUGAAGAUGCAUUUGGAGGUAUUUUCAAAAAAAGAAAUAAAACGAAAGAUGAGCAAGAAAAAGAAGAGGCGGAUUACUUGAAAUGGUUGGCUGGACAAAAGGACGACUUAGAAGACCCAAUCAAAGAAUCCUUAAAACCGCUUAAAAACUACUGGAACAGCAACAACUUACCACAAAGUGAACGUUUCUUACGUGAUUAUAUUUUGAAUAAAGGUUAUGCAAACACUAAGUCUACAGAUAUUCCCACUUAUGAUGAAAUCGUUGGUGAUAAUCAACCAUUAUCGGAGGACGAACAGGAACUUGAAAAGCAAGCAGAAUUCGAACAAAAAUAUAAUUUUCGUUUCGAAGAACCCGAUGCUGAGUUCGUAAAACGCUAUCCUAGAACUAUUGAACAAUCCGUCCGUCAAACAGACGAUCGAAGGAAACAAAAAAGACAAGAAAUAAAAGAACGCAAAAAGUUUGAAAAGGAACAGAAAAUGAAAGAGUUAGAAUUAGUUAAAGAUAUGAAGCGAAAAGAAAUUGAGGAGAAAAUACAAAAAAUUAAAAUGGUAACCGGCAAUGAAGAACUUGGCUUUAAAGAUGAGGAACUCGAGGAAGACUUUGACCCAGAAGCACAUGAUCGACGAAUGCAAGAAAUAUUUAAUGAAGAAUAUUAUCAAGUGGACGAAGGCGAGGAAAAACCAGAAUGUCCAUCAGAUAUUGAGGAAUUAAAAGUAGAAGACUGGGACAACUAUGAUCCUAAUAUUGAAGACAACAAAUAUUAUAAUGAUACUCAUUGUGAAGAUGAAGACUUCAACAUGGAUUGUGAUUAUGACCCUAAGGCGGCUAAGGAACAAUUGCAAAAAGAACUUAUUGAAAAUACAAAAAAGAGAAAAGGUCGUAAAGGUCGUAAAACCCAAUUUAUGGAAAUGAUUAAGGCCGAAAAACCAGUGUUUGAUCCAGUCGAUGAGAAAACCUAUGAGGAAUAUAUGGAUGAAUAUUAUAAGUUAGAUUGUGAAGACAUGAUUGGUGACCUUCCAUGCCGUUUUAAGUAUAUAGAAACAACGCCAAACGAUUUUGGUCUUACCAUAGAAGAGAUACUAUUAGCUAAAAAUAAAGAACUUAAUCAAUGGGCAAGCUUAAAGAAAACCAUUCAGAUCCGACCAGAACACUUGGAAAAAAAGGAUCAAAGAUUAUAUAAACUGAAAGCCAAAAAUGAAGCACUUAAACGAAAAAUAUUUAAAAGCUUAUAUGGCGAAGAGUCGGAUGAUGAAGGCGCUGAGGACGAUAUAAUAAAUGCACAGUCAAAUUCUGAAUCCACUGACAAAGAUCAAGUGAACAAUGCCGAAAUCGGUAAAAUAGGGAAUAAAGCUAAGCGCAAAGUUCAAGCACAAGAGGUAAACAACCAAUCAUCUAGCACCAACGAUAGUGAAGAUAUUCCAGUCAAGAAACUUAAGUUAAAUGAUUCAAAGUCGAAUGUUGAUAAAGGCGUAGAAAUUAAUGAAGAUACACAAAUUAAUAGUAAAAAGAAGCGUAAAAAACGUAAAUCUAAAGCUAGCAAUAUUGAUGUUGCGCAAGAAAUGAAGUCGGCUCAUCAGAAUUUUAACAACCAAUUGCCAAGUGAAUUAAAAGACAAUAAACCUAACCCAUUUAAAUCCACUGAUGAUAAGCAAUCUUCUUCGACAAAUAAAACUACCUCUAUUGCGAAAGCAUUUAGUAACUCAGCGCUUGUUAAAGCCAAAUCAAGUAACCCAAAUAAACCAAACCCUUUUAGACCAAAUAAUAAAAGAAAUUAUAAUGGUCAAGCAAACUCGAAGCAGAGUACUCGGAUUGGAUCCAACAAAAUACAGCAAAAGAAAUUUAGACCGAAUUCAAAGAAAUUUGAUUUAAGUAACAAGGUUUCCAAGAAUGAUGUAAACAUUAGCGACGAACGUCUAAAAGCAUAUGGAAUCAACCCGAAGAAAUUCCAUAAAAAGCAGAAAUAUGGAAAGCCUGAAAAUUAAAUGUCGAGUUAAAAACAUUGUUACUUUUGAAUUUUGUGAAAAAAAAGAUUUUUAAGAUAAUUUGCCAUUUUUUAAUUUACAUAUUUCACGGAAUGAAAUGGAAAAAUAUAUUUAAAUGCACAUAUGUACAUAUAGAUAUUUACGUAAUAUGCUUAAAAUUAACAAGAUGGACUUGACACGUCAGUUAUAGUUCAUUCUUGUGUAUAAAUCUAUGCAAUAAUAAAUUUUACUUUAAUAAGCUAG